UGUCUUUGGACGUUGUUAGACGCUUCGUUUUCUGAUUAUUUAUUUAAUGCAGGAAAGUGAUGUAUUAAUACAAUGCAUAUAAAACAAGUGAUCAUACAAGGGUUCAAAAGCUACCGUGAGCAAACUGUUGUGGAACCAUUUGAUAAACGACAUAAUGUUGUGGUUGGAAGAAAUGGCUCUGGAAAAAGUAACUUCUUCUAUGCUAUCCAAUUCGUUCUUAGUGACGAAUUUACCCAUCUACGACCAGAACAACGCCAGGCUCUUCUUCAUGAAGGAACUGGAGCACGUGCAAUGUCUGCCUAUGUAGAAAUCAUAUUCGAUAACUCAGAUAAUCGUGUACCGAUUGACAAAGAGGAAAUUUUCCUUCGCCGUGUGAUUGGUGCCAAAAAGGAUCAGUAUUUUCUUAAUAAAAAGGUGGUACCACGAUCUGAAGUAGUAAAUUUGCUGGAGUCGGCAGGAUUUUCAAACUCAAAUCCAUACUAUAUUGUUAAGCAGGGUAAGAUUAACCAAAUGGCGACGGCUCCCGAUUCGCAUAGAUUGAAACUGCUGCGUGAAGUGGCUGGAACGCGUGUGUAUGACGAACGGAAAGAAGAAUCAAUGAAUAUUCUUAAGGAAACCGAUGGAAAGGUUGAAAAAAUCACAGAGUUUUUGAAAACUAUAGAGGACAGAUUGAAAACGCUGGAGGAGGAAAAGGAGGAACUCAAAGAGUACCAAAAAUGGGAUAAAGCUCGCCGCACUCUGGAGUACAUCAUUCACGAAACCGAACUUAAAGAAAAUAAAAAACAUCUGGACGACUUGGAGCAUCAAAGGAAAAGUUCAGGAGAUAAGCAAAAAGUUUUCGCGCAGGAAAUUCAAACUGCACAAGAGAAAAUAAAGAAUGCUCAAAAGUCACUCAAAGAUGCAAAAAAAGAGGUGGCUACCACGAAGGAUGAAAAAUCUGUACUAGCAACAGAACAUCAGCAGUUACUCCGUGAGAAAACUAAAUUAGAUUUGACAAUUUCUGAUCUCACCGAUGAAGUGCAAGGGGACAACAAAUCCAAAGAACGAGCUGAACAAGAAUUAAACCGCUUAAAAAUAACCAUAGCUGAAAAGGAGAAAGAACUAGAAGCAGUUCGACCGCGCUACGAGGCUAUGCGUAGAAAAGAGGAAGAAUGUUCACGAGAGCUAAACUUGAAAGAGCAGAAACGCAAAGAACUUUACGCGAAACAAGGACGAGGUUCACAAUUUUCCUCAAGAGAAGAACGAGAUAAAUGGAUUCAAGGCGAGCUAAAAUCGUUGAAUAAGCAAAUCAAGGACAAAAUUGCCCAUCAAAACAAAUUGCAAGAGGAUCUGAAAAGAGACGCCGCCAAACAGAAAGACCUUGAGAAGAAAAUUGAGGAACACACCGAAUCCUUCGAACAGUUGAGAGUGCAAAUUGACGAGCAUAACAAACACUACUACGAGUUGAAGAAGAAAAAAGACCACUUCCAAACAAUACGCAAUGACAUAUGGAAAAAAGAAACCCAAGUAACGCAGACUCUGUCCGGCAAUAAGGAAGAAUUGGCUAAGGCCGAUCAAGCUUUACGAUCGAUGGCAGGAAAACCCAUUCUGAACGGUCGAGACUCUGUCCGUAAAGUACUUGAAAGUUUCACCCAAAGAGGCGGGCAACUUGGGGAUAUAGCCAGCUCUUAUUAUGGGCCAGUAAUUGAAAACUUCAACUGCGAUAAGUCGAUCUAUACGGCUGUAGAAGUUACAGCUGGUAACAGAUUAUUUCAUCAUAUCGUUGAAUCAGAUCGUGUUGGUACGCAGAUUCUCAAGGAAAUGAACAAGCAGAAACUUCCGGGGGAAGUCACAUUUAUGCCGCUAAAUCGGCUGCAAGUUCGCAUUCACGACUAUCCGGAAGAUCCCGACUCCAUUCCAAUGAUUUCAAAGCUCAAGUACGAAGAGCAGUAUGACAAAGCACUGAGAUACAUUUUCGGGAAGACACUUAUAUGUCGCAAUCUUGAACGAGCCACAGAACUGGCCAAGAGUACUGGACUCGACUGUGUUACCUUGGAAGGAGAUCAGGUUUCCUCAAAGGGUUGUCUUACUGGAGGUUAUUUUAACACAUCUCGGUCCAGAUUGGAAAUGCAGAAAAAGCGAUCCGAAUAUUUACAAAUGAUUGAAGAUUUAGACAAAGAAUUGGGCGAAUUCAGAACCGAACUCAAGCAGACAGAAGCCAGCAUUAACAGUGUAGUUUCCGAAAUGCAAAAAACCGAAACAAAGCAAGGCAAAUCGAAAGACGCGUUCGAGAAAAUUCAAGCAGAUAUCCGUUUGAUGAAAGAUGAGCUAACUAGAAUAGAACGCUUCCGGAACCCGAAAGAACGGUCACUAGCUCAAUGCAAAGCAAACCUGGAAGCUAUGAAUAGCACAAAGGAUGGUUUGGAGAAUGAGUUACACCAGGAACUGAUGUCUCAGCUAUCCGUACAAGAUCAACACGAGGUGGACCAGCUCAAUGAUGAAAUACGUAAACUGAAUCAAGAAAACAAGGAAGCUUUUACUGCUCGUAUGAGUUUGGAAGUGACCAAAAAUAAGUUGGAAAAUCUGUUGACCAAUAAUCUGUUUCGUCGCAAAGACGAAUUGGUGCAGGCAUUGCAGGAAAUAUCAGUGGAGGAUCGUAAACGUCAACUCACUAAUUGUCGCAACGAAGUGGCAUCUACUGAAAAGAGAAUCAAAAAGGUGUUGAGCGAUGUAGAUGAAAUAGACAAAAAGGUGAGCGAAGCCGUUAAGCAGCAGAAAACAUUGCAAAAAGAACUCGAGACAUGGAUGCAGAAGGAAAAAGAAGCACAAGAUAAGAUGGAAGAAGAUUCAAAACGCAUGGAAAAGUGGGCUGCUAAAGAAAACUUACUGCAUCAAAAAAUCGAAGAGUGUACUGAAAAGAUCGCUAGUCUUGGAGCUCUACCCCAGGUCGAUCCAUCGUAUCAGAGGAUGUCGCUGAAAACGCUUUUCAAAGAACUGGAAAAGGCCAACCAUCACCUAAAAAAAUACAAUCAUGUAAAUAAGAAAGCUUUAGAUCAAUUUUUGAGCUUCUCUGAACAAAAAGAGAAGCUUUACAAGCGAAAAGAAGAACUUGACGUUGGCGGAGAGAAAAUUCGCGAAUUGAUGCAGAAUCUAGAGAUGCGUAAGGUUGAAGCCAUCCAAUUUACAUUCAGACAAGUUGCUGCCAAUUUCACGGAAGUGUUCAAAAAACUCGUACCUCAAGGAUCUGGUCAUCUCAUUCUCAGGACUCAGAAAGACGUCGAAGGAAAUGAUAUGGAGAAGGAGGUAGAGACUUCGGAUGAAUUCACAGGUAUUGGAAUUCGAGUAUCUUUUACCGGUGUUGAUGCUGAAAUGCGUGAAAUGAAUCAGCUUUCUGGUGGACAGAAAUCUCUUGUCGCUUUGGCUCUUAUUUUUGCAAUUCAAAAAUGCGACCCUGCUCCUUUUUACUUGUUUGACGAAAUUGAUCAGGCAUUGGACGCACAGCAUAGAAAGGCAGUCGCGGACAUGAUUCAUGAGCUGAGCGACAAAGCACAAUUCAUCACGACAACAUUCAGACCGGAGCUGCUUGAAAAUGCUCACAAAUUCUACGGUGUACGCUUCCGCAACAAAGUGAGUCAUGUAGAUUGUGUUACCCGUGAAAUUGCUAGAGAUUUUGUAGAAGAUGAUACAACACACGGUUAGCUCUUUGUUUUAAGCAGUGUUUUAGUUGUAAACUUC